UUAACAUUUUUUUAUUAAUGUUUGUUUACGUUCAGAAUGUUGACUGAUGUCUAUGAAGGAAAUUGAGAAAUAACCGAAUUGUUGCAGAUAUUUCAGACUAUUAGGGCAAAAAGGUAAAAUAUUUUGUUUCAAAUUGACAAAUUUCUAUACUUUUUUCGGUUUGUAUAGUAUUUUUUUCGAUAAAUCGUUUUUGUGGUGAUCAAUAACAAAAAUUUAAUUAAUAGAGACGAGCAAUAAGUAUAAUUAACUAAUUAACGGGAAAGCAGGAAUCAGGAAUUAGUAUCGAAUUUUGAGGUUAGAAGGUGGAGGGGGAAAUUCAAGUGAUCAGCUGAUUUUGACGGAGGGAGAACACUGGAGAAGGCAAUGCUGUCAUUUGUUUCGCAGACACAUUGAAAGAUUAUUUAAAUAUGCGUGAUACGUGGAAUAUAAUGUGUACAGUUAUAAUGCAUGCACACAUUAUGUUCAAAGUGUAAUCAAAGAAAUCCGAAGAAUAUAAGUCUGAUACAACAAUCAACGAUACAAAACCACUGGUAUAGUCAAUCAUCACACAAUAAUUAGUCUUCGCGGUAGGAGUUGGUAGGAGUUUUUGAAUGCGUGGGAGUAUUUAGCGAAACUCGAAGGCUACGCGAUUUUCAAUUAGACAUCGUAGUUCAUUAAAACAAAUGAACAACAAUAUUUUUAAUUCCGCUGACAAUUACCAGCGUUUCAACGAGAACGUUAAUCCAAAUUACGAUCAGGAUGGUUCCAGUCCUAAAUAUGGAUCAAUGUUGUCCUUCCAUUCUUCAGACAAUCAAACGAGAAUAUCACCGCGAGGUAAUAAUGAAACGCCGAAUGAAAUGGGCCAUAGAAUUGGAAUGGAUAGAUUAGGAGGUGAGACUUUGACCGAAAGUGCUGCACUUGCUAGACAAGUCAUGACCAUGGAUACGGAAAUUUACUGGGAAAUGAACUAUCACGAAGCUGCAAUUUUUUUAGAAGAAGGCAGGAACAACGAAAAAUUUGAUUCCCAUCCAAGACAUCCGGAGGAUUUACCAGCGUAUUUAUUGGUUCAUAAUAAUUGGUACUAUGGCCUUGAUUUGUUAACGUCGUUGCUUUUACUAGCCUUAGCGUUUGUUGAAGAGCCAGCAGUUCCACUUUUUAGGUUACCUGUCUGGGCACACGGAACAAUAGAGCUUUUCGCCUUAAUGACAAUCGGAGUAGAAUUAGCGUUAAAAUUAAGAUGGAUCGGAUGGGGAAUGAUGUUAAAACAUAAACGAACAAUGUUGAAGUGUAUCACGUUGGCUAUUAUGUUUGUGGAGGCAUUGACAAUUUUGGUGAGGCAGUCAUCGCAUUUUCGAGUGACACGAGCAUUGCGGCCAAUUUUUCUGGUUGACACUAAAUAUUGCGGGGGAGUUCGACGAUUUAUUAGACAGAUUUUAUUCACUUUGCCACCAAUUUUGGAUAUGUUGGGACUCCUUUUCUUUUUUAUGACAACCUACAUGGUACUAGGUUAUUAUAUGUUUAGAGAAAUGAAUUCUCAUUUUGCAACCCUCGAAGACAGUUUUGUCAGUCUUUUCGUAUUACUAACUACGGCAAACUUUCCUGACGUAAUGAUGGAGUCAUAUUCGAAAAAUAAAUUGUACGCAAUUUACUUUGUGUCGUAUCUUUGUACGAUGUUGUACGUCAUGAUGAAUCUCAUGCUAGCCGUGGUUAAUGAAACGUUCACUGCUGCACAAAGGGAUAAAUUUAAAAAAUUGUUCCUCCACAAGCGAAAGGCCUGUCAGCAUGCGUUUAAACUUUUGGUUUCCAAGCAGAAUCCAGACAGAAUGAAUUUCCGACAAUUCGAGGGUUUGAUGCGAUAUUACGCUCCGAAGAAAUCAUUCAAAGACGUGAUGUUGAUGUUUAAAUUGAUGAACACUUCGGGCGUUGGUUACCUUAGUAUUGAGGAAUUUUUCUCUGUGUACGAUGUGACAGUCCUCUCCUGGGAACCUCAAUAUUCAAGCACUCCUUGGUAUCAUACAGCGUGGAAACCUUUACAGUUUCUCUGCAAAGGGGCAAAUCUAGCCAUUUCGUGGAAGUAUUUUGAUACCUUAAUUUAUACAGCUAUCGUUGGUAAUGGCAUUGCAAUGGUGGGCCGUUUAUUAGAAAUAUCAGGAGAUCGAAUCGAUUCUGCUCAUAGAUUCUCUGCCUAUUGGGAUACGUUACUCUUUGGUGGCAUUUUUGCGGCUGAAGCUCUUAUCAAAGUGUUGGGUCUUGGUGUGAGAAGAUAUUUGAGUUCUGGAUGGAAUUUAUUUGAUUUGGGAGCAUCGAUUAUGAUUUUAGUUGCGGCAGUGAUUCUCACAUUAUUUCCAACAGCAACAUUCUUCGUCGUUUUUCGACCGUUGAGAACACUGCGACUUUUCAAAAUUAAAAAACGCUAUCGAGAUGUUUUUGGAACAUUGGUUAUUUUAACGCCGUUGAUGUGCUCCGCCGCAAUUGUCAUGCUCAUUUUGUACUAUUUCUUUGCAAUCAUCGGGAUGGAAUUGUUCGCCAAUUAUGACAUGAGAAAUUGUUGCAAAAACACAACGGUGGAAGACUUUUACAAAUAUUCGGCGAACGAGACAACGAGUUUGGGAUAUUAUUAUCUCAACACAUUUGACAAUUUAGUGGCGAGCGGAAUGACUUUAUUUGAAUUGACAGUUGUUAAUAAUUGGUUUAUAUUCAUGAAUGCUUACGCACAUAUUGUGGGUAAUUACACGAGAGCGUAUUUCAUGAUUUUCUACUUAAUCACAAUGAUUGUGCUGACAAUUGUGGUAUCGAGUUUCCUCGAAGCUUUCCGAUUCCGAAUUCAAUACAAGAGUCAAACAUCCAAACGAGAUGAGGAGAAAAUGUUACACGACAAAGUUGAAUUAAAAUGGGAGGAAUUGCAAGUGAUUGUACAGGAUUUACAACUCUUGGAGCAACUUCGAUCUUCGCUGAUAAGUGCCGGAACAAUGGCAUUUAUUGGAUCUCGGCCUAGAACACGUGAAAUUCUCCAAACAAGAAUGUACACGAACGAAAUAUAUGAAUGGCUGGCGGAGGUAAAAUUGGCAGAGAGUCACGAUGCAUCGCGAACUGUAAGUAGUUACGAGGAAAUUGGCGAAAGUAGCAGGAAUAUUGAUCCUGAACAAUUAAUAUUAAACGGUUUAAGCAAUACUCAACAAAGAAAUUCGAGUAACAUGCCUUUAUAAUUUAAUUCAAAACUAGUUGAUUAGUUUUAACAAGUUUUUUUUAUUUUUUUUUCACGUUAUUUUUUGAAAAAAGAUUUUAAUCUUUUCUAU